CUGCCUUACAAUACUGUAUUUUUGUCGUGAUCACUCAUUGCGUCCGAUAUCCCUUUGACAGGAACGGGUUGCUCGAAAAAGUUGGUCUUCAUAAGCAUGGGUGGCUCCGUGCAGGCCGAGCCAGUCAAUAGAAGAAGCCGCUUCAAAGCCUACCUCAAACGAAAGCUCAAGGAAAAUGAUAUAACGCAGGACUCCCCAGGCUCGUUGCCCAAGGCAGAGGGAUCACCAGCCAGAAGUGCAGUCUCAUCGAACCCACCUGCUACAUCCGAGGAAACGGAUGCUGCUAUAAACGCUGUUGAUGCUACUACCUCUACUACCUCUACUGGUGUUACUGGUGCUAAUGCUUCUAUUGACAAGCCUGUCAAAUCUCGGACCGACGUAAUAGAAGAGUGUGCCGAAUCUGACUUGUGGUCUCGGGCCUACCGAAAAUUAGACGAGAAGACUAAAACGUGGAUCGGCGAUGCCCCCAAGAACGGUAAUGGGGAGGAGAGGACUCACGACCUCAUCAAAAUCGUUCGAAAAAGAGAAGAAGAAUACAAGGAUAGAACUCCGAAGCUCAGAGUUGGUGAUCAAGAGAUCAUGUGGAGAGAUUACGCCAACAGGGUGGUGGCGUGGGUGACGGCAAUUGGAGACAUAUCCAUCAGCUUUGCCCCAGCACCAUCCUCGGUCGUUUGGUCAGCUCUCAAAGUACUUUUAAAUGCAAAUGUGUCCCAAUGCGAGGACCUUGUAGCCAUCUUUGGAUGUGCCGAAAAAGUCCUACGGCUUAUUAGGCAUGGCAAGGUGUACGAGGAGGUAUAUCUUAGUGGUGACUCUUGCAAUGCAGCAACACAGAAUCUACAGGAUGCACUUGUUGACCUGUACAAAUCAUUGAUGGAGCUCCUAGCCCACGCCUUUACGCGAUUGAAUGAAGGGCAAGGGAAGCAGUUUCUGCGUGCCCUCAUCUCUGGUGGAGAAGGUGCAAAAUUAGUAUCAGCGCUGGCAGAGCAAGAACGCAAUGUGUCAAUGGCAGCUCAAGCCUGUGGUGCGGGUGCGUCUCAAGAACAUCAAAAUCUUCUACAGAAUCUCGAUGAACCACUAAGGAGCGUUGAAGUCACCGUAAAGAAGCUGCUUGAGAAGAUUGAGGAUGGUACACUGGAACAAGUGCUAGACUAUAUUAGCACCAUACCAAUCGGCGAGCACCAGCAAGAAAAAUGUGAAGCAAGAACCCCUGCGACAUGCGAAUGGCUAUUAAAUCAUUCUAAAUUUCUCGAAUGGGAAGGAUCAAGUUCUUCAAUUCUAUGGCUUCAAGGCAACGUUGGCGCAGGGAAGUCUUUUCUUUCCUCUAAGGUAAUUGACCACCAUCUUGUCACUCGUCAGCAGAAAGCCGAGCACGAUGAAGGCUUUGCCUACUUCUACUGCAGUCGCUCAGAUCCAGUGCGUCGAGAGACAAAGCACAUCCUUAGGAGCUAUAUUUCUCAGCUUGCUAGGGUGCCAAAGUAUCCAACUAUGAUGGAAAAAAAUAUCUAUACCUUGUACCUCAAGGCGAAGAAGGAGAAAAGAGGCUUUAGCAUCGAUGAAUGCGAGACGGCCCUGAUUGAACUAGUAAACUUCUACCCCCGGACCACCUUGAUCUUGGAUGCCCUAGAUGAAUGCGAGAUGGACACUAGAGAGACUAUUGCUCGUAUUUUAGGUAAUCUUGUCGACAAGGGUGAAGGCACUGUCAAAGUUUUCAUUGCCAGUCGUAAGGAGGCUGAUAUCGAAGAAUAUCUUGGGUCACAGAAGCUGGUUGAGAUUAGUGCCGCCGAUAACAAGGAUGAUAUCGAGAAGUACGUUGAACAGGAGGUAGCAAAAGUUGGUAGCGUAUGGAGCUCAGUUUCGGCAGAAGUCAAGGAGCAGGUCAAGAAAACGAUUGCAGAAAAAAGUGAUGGAAUGUUCCGAUGGGCAUACCUGCAAUGGGAACAGCUCAAAAAGUUGAGAACUAACAAAAGCAUUCGUGAGCGGCUUGGGAGGCUGCCUGAAAGUCUCACACAAGCGUACGAUGAAAUCUAUUCAAAAAAUGAAGAAAAAGAUGUCUUACAACGGGCAGUCAAAUGGGUUUUAUGCGCCAGAGAGCCAUUGACAAGCAAAGUUCUUCUAAUGGCCAUUCGAUUGGAGAGCAACCUUCAAUCCCUUACUCUAUCAGACCCUAUCGGCGAAUCAACCUUGGAGAGUAUCUGCUCACAUUUAAUUGUCCUAGACUCUCAACUGAGGGUGUGGAAAUUCCCGCAUGCAUCAGUUGCAGAGUAUUUUGAGAACCAACAUAAGAGCUGGAUAGAUCAAGCUUCUGAAGAAGUGGCGAUUCUUCUGGUUUCGUGCUUGAUAGAUUGCUACUCGGAAUGGACACUACCUGAAUAUUAUACCGAGAUCGAAGAGUUCUUCCAGAUGACACCAGACCUUGAUAAUCACUCAGAUCCGCGACAUCCCCUUCAAGAAUAUGCAAGAAAAUAUUGGGUGCAACACGCGCAAAACAUUCAAAACCAGUGCCAGGAGGCGGCCGGUCUAUCAGAGGUUCUUAAAUGCUUUUUGGGGCCACCAGGUUUUCAGAAAUCCUCUAGUCAACAGUACCAAGCCUGGUGCAGACACAUGAGCAGCAGAGAUGAUCUUGUUUACAGCCACGGUUAUUAUUGGGAUGUACAGCCAUCAAAAAGUUCCAUUUUUGGAAUUUGUGUUUUUGGUCUUCACAAGUUGCUCAAGGGCUGGUGGGAUGAAGACAUUGAUGUCUCGCAAGUCAAUAACACGAAAUUGGAUUUGCUCGCAAUUGCUGUAAAGUACGGCCAUGAUGACCUUUGUUCUGAGCUCAUUGACCGGGGAAGCGAUAUAAACAAAAGACUGGAUAGUGUUUGGGAAAGCGCCUUCAUGGAAGCUAUUGACAUGAAACACACUGAAACGGCAAGGCUGCUCCUAAACAGGGGUGUCGAUCCAAAUAUUCUCGGUAACGGUCAAAGUCCGCUCUGUCUGGCUGUUGAUUUUGCAGAGGAUUUGGUUGAACCUCUUCUUGAGGCAGGAGCGGAUCCCAACAUGACAUGUUCAGACUGUAUGUUUCGUUGCGCCUUGGAAGCGGCUGCCUCGCGAGAUAAACUUAAUUUAGCAAAGCUCCUGAUAAAAUAUGGAGCAGAUGUGAAUUUGACGGCUGGAACUAGCUUUUACUGCAGUCUUCUAGCAUCAGCCGCACUACAUGGUUCGCUAAAGUGUGCAAGGCUCUUCGUGGAGAAUGGAGCCGAUGUGAAUGCGCACCGUGGCGGAAAUUAUGACAGUGUUUUGGCUGCUGCGAUAUUCGGCCGGGGGGGAGUUGAGAUGGUCAAGUACUUGAUUGAGGAGGCAGGAGCGGACCCAACCAUCUUAUCUUCAAAUACUCCACGUUUAACUAGAAAUUAUGCCCGUGGGCGCACUGAGAGGCGGAAAGCAGUAGAAUAUCUCAUAAAGCGGGGGCAUGUUGAAGAGAGUGUCCUGCUUGACAUUGGCUUCCCCUCGUCAGAUCUCCCUGUAGCAGAACGGUAACGGAGAUUUGGGAGAUUUGGUAGUAUCAGAUGGGGAAUACUGCAUGCCCAACUGAAAGAAGAAUUAAAUAUACCGUAAAACUUGAUAGCAGUAUGUGCCUGAAUCAAGAUAAUAUCAGCACAUACAUCAGGAAAGGCUGUUCAGAUCUAGGUAUUUUGCUUAUCUAAUUUUGGAAUUAUUUAGAUAUAGUAGAUAUAGAAGGUCUAUGAGACGGCUGGUGUUGAUUCAGCACUCUUGCAUUAACGAGUAUAAGCUUUAUCCGGUAAGACACAACUAUCCAAUGAGGCGACUGGCCCUCUGCAUUGCUCC